GUUUGAACGCCUCUCUGGAGACCAAACUAUACUUGCCCAACGUGCUGGAAAGUGCAGCGCAUUGACUCAAUAAUGAUAUGACAUGCUUUAAUGUCAAAAAGCUCAGAAAUGAUUUCUGACUGAUGCAUCUCUGUAUGCGAGGUGUACGGCGUCUCUCGGUCGGUUAUUGUGAUUGGGACGGCUGUAAGAUGUACGGCAGGCAGAUGGAAUCCACGUCUGGAUCUGAACAGCUGACAGAUGAGGAGAAGGAAAUCAUCAACAGCGUGUUGGCGAGAGCAAAGAUGAUGGAGGCCAUGGAGCAGGAGAGGAUUGGGCGUCUGGUAAAUCGCCUGGACAGCAUGAAACGGACGGCCUGCGGCGACGGUUACACCGCUUGUUUGCUCUGCGGCCAGCAGUUUGGCCUGUCGGGCGUCAGCGCUGUUGUGUGCGCCGACUGCAAAAAGAACAUGUGCACUAAAUGUGGCGUACAAAGCGUCGGCCGUUGCGGUCCAACGUGGUUGUGCAAGAUCUGUUGCGAGCACAGAGAGAUGAUGAAGCGGUCUGGUGCCUGGUUUUUCAAGGGUUUACCACAGCAGGUUUUACCCGCUCCACUACCGAUCUCCAAUCUGAAAGAGCUCAGUACAACCAACAUGCCAACUUCUACAAAUCCAUCAACCAAUCAGGAGUCAUCUAUAACAUCACAUCCACGAAAUGGAGAGAGCAUGCAGAUUAGCGGGAUAGAGGCGCAGAUAUCUGCAAAAACCAUACGAGAGGAGCGUUCUGUCAUAACCCAAAGAGACCGAGAAGACGACGGAGCGAACCAGAAGUCUCUGAGCGGAGUCGCUGUGGAAGGACAAACUUAUGCACCUGUGGUGAAAAGAGAAGUACAGAUUCUGACUUCAAGAUCACCGGCAUCAACCGCUCUUAACCAAAAAGGAAAUCCAGAUCCUGCGAGUCGACCGGAGGCCUGGGCACCACCUGCCAUGCAGACCGACGCACGUUUGCCCGCUGCCAGCAGCGUCCUUGCUUCGCGCCAGCCACCAACCCCCACUGCAGAGGAUGAAGAGGACGCCAACAGCUACGACUCUGACGAUGCCACCACUCUUGGCAUGUUAGAGUUCAGUCUGGUGUACGAUGAGGAGAAAAACGAACUGCAUUGCAACAUAAUCAAAGGAAAGGGUCUCAAACCCAUGGACUCUAACGGUCUGGCUGAUCCUUAUGUUAAACUGCACUUACUUCCAGGAGCCAGCAAGUCGAACAAGCUAAGAACAAAGACGCUUCGUAACACCUUGAAUCCUGUGUGGAAUGAGAUUCUUAUUUAUCAUGGCAUCACGAAUGAAGACAUGCAGAAAAAAACACUCAGGCUUUCUGUCAGUGAUGAAGACAAGUUUGGACACAACGAGUUUAUCGGCGAGACGCGGGUGGUCUUGAAAAAACUGAAGCUGAACCAAAAGAAGAUCUUCAAUGUGUGUCUCGAGAGAGCGGUGCCGGUGAGACGUUCAGCUGCCGGCGGGGCAUCUCGUGGUAUGGCGCUUUAUGAGGAGGAGUUAAAAGAUGAUGAAGAAGCAGAGGAAAGGGGCCGAAUCCUGAUUUCUCUCACCUACAAUAGUCAACAAAGUCGUCUUAUCGUAGGUGUGGUUCGAUGUGCUCAUCUGGCAGCAAUGGACUCUAAUGGCUAUUCUGACCCGUUUGUAAAGAUCUGUCUGAAGCCUGACAUGGGAAAAAAGGCAAAGUGUAAGACUCAGACCAAGAAGAAAACUCUAAACCCGGAGUUUAAUGAGGAGUUCAGCUACGACAUCAAGCACAGCGAACUGGCGAAAAAGACUUUGGAUAUCUCUGUCUGGGAUUAUGACAUGGGAAAAUCUAAUGAUUUCAUCGGUGGAUGCCAGCUUGGUAUCACAGCUAAAGGCGAGUGUCUGAAGCACUGGUAUGAAUGUCUUAAGAACAAAGACAAGAAGAUUGAACGCUGGCAUGUUCUCUUACAUCAAAACAACAUUGAGGCUGAUGACUAAAGUGUAAUAUCUCCAGAAAUCCUAUAGCGCACAAUACCAUCUGACAAAAACCUUAUCUUACUACUGGUUGGACAGGUGAUCAUCUUUACAUUCAUUCAGAUAAAAAAAUCCUUGUUUUUGCUUCCUGAAACCCUGUGAUAAGCUAUUUUGAUUAUAUAGUCAUCCGACCCAGAGUAUAAAGCUAUAAGCUGUUAUGUUCUUCUUUAGUGGAUAAAAAAAGAAUAAAACCUCAUAAAUACAGAUGUCACUUCAAUAUCUAACCCUACAACCAAAAGUACUCAAGGUAGGGCUGGGCGGUAUAUCGAGUUCUGGUGAUAUAUCAAAGCGGGAUAAGACAAUAAUGUCUAUAUCAGUAUGGUCUGAUAUGAUCCUUCUUCUUUGCAACAGAAGCUCUGUCAGAAAUGUAUACUGAAGUCCAACCAGCUCACAUGAGGCUUUGACUUGCAUGUAAACAUUUAUACCGCUUUGUAGAAAAUACUAAGAUAUAUGUAUCGUAUAUCUCCAUUCAUGCCAAAAUUACAGAGAUAUGAAUAUUGGUCAAUAUCGCCCAUCCCUAACGCAAGGACUCGAUUAAAUGUAUAUUCAUAUAAAUCAUCUUGCUAGUUCUUUAACUAAAAUUGAGCUGUACAAUUUUAGCAUUGAAACAUUGUACCUAACUGCAUAUAGUACAUUUGAUUUGUUUACUGUAUAUUUACCUUAUAUUACCUUAUAUUUGGAAGGUGGUGGAAACAAAUGUAAAUUUUGAAUUUAAAAGGUUAAUAGAGGUAUAUUGAAUUUACAUGUAAAUGACAGGUUGUCUCUUUUUAAUAUUGCAUCAGUUGCAUAUGAAAAGGUUUUGUUGUUAUGUGCAUGAAAUUCAUGUUCUCCAACUAUAUGUUACUGUGAAUAAGUUUUCAUUUAUUUCUGCAUAUGUAAUCAGGGGCGCGGGAAGAUGUUUUAGUUUGGGGGUGCUGUGUAUAUAACCAGCUAUGACAGCACCGAGGUCCGCACCACUGUAAAUCUUCCUCUCUAAAUUAAAAAUAAUUAUCUUAAACUUUUUAAGAUGAGGGCACGAGUGCAGCCUCCACAGCUACACUCUAAAAAAACGAUUCGUUGGCUGAACAACCAUUACUUAUUAAAGUAAAAAAAUU